CUUGGCCUCUGCCAGGGUAUAAAAGCUGGGGGCCUGGGCGUUGGAGGAAUCAGCACAAGCCUGCCUCCCUCACUCUCACCUCAGCUGUACUAACGCAGAACUACUCCACCAUGUCCCAGACCGCCAAGUCCGCCUCUAGCCAGGGCACCGACUCCAAGGAGAAGGGUACCCCCAACCCCGCUGCCCCCAGCAAGGCCAGCAAGACCGGAGAGCCCGCCAUGGGAAACUUCAAGAUCAUGAUGUUCGACCAGGAGAACUUCCAGGGCAGGAUGAUCGAGGUCCAGAACGAGUGCGUGAACGUGUGCGACAGAGGCAUCGACAGAGUGCGCAGUAUCAUUGUGGAGUGCGGCCCCUUUGUUGCCUUUGAGCAGACUAACUUCCGUGGGGAGAUGUUCAUCCUGGAGAAGGGAGAGUACCCUCGCUGGGACUCCUGGAGCAACUCUUACCGUAGCGACCGCCUCAUGUCCAUCAGACCCAUCCGCAUGGACAGCCUGGAGCACAAGAUCUGCCUGUUCGAGCACUCUGACUUCAAGGGCAACAAGAUGGAGAUCCAGGAGGAUGACGUUCCUACCCUGUGGGCGCAUGGCUUCACCGACAGGGUGGGCAGCGUGAGGGUCCCCGGAGGAGUGUGGGUCGGAUACCAGUACCCCGGAUACAGGGGCUACCAGUACCUGUUCGAGUGCGGUGACUACAGACACUACAACGAGUUCAGCGCCUUCCAGCCCCAGAUCCAGUCCAUGCGCCGCGUCAGGGACAUGCAGUUCCACCAGAGGGGAUGCUUCACCCUGACCUCCGCCAGCAAGUGA